AUGGCACAAACAAUGGAGCUCCCGUCAGCACGGCCUUAUGCAUACAAGUUUCGACCAGAAUCGACCGCUUUAAUCAUCAUCGACAUGCAACGCGACUUCCUAGACUACAACGGCUUCGGCCAAAUCCAAUGCGGCAACAACGACCUGUUUCAAAAGGUCAGAGACAUUGUCCCACGUACUCAACGUGCGCUUGAAGCAGCUCGCGCAUUGGGUCUAUAUGUCGUCCAUACACGCGAAGGACACAAGCCUGAUCUGUCAGAUCUGCCACCUUCAAAGCGGCUCCGCCAGAUUUCAGCACCAAGUGGCCACCAUACCAUGGGCAUUGGGGAUGAAGGACCAAUGGGGAGACUGUUAGUUCGUGGAGAGUACGGUCACGAUAUCAUUGACGAGCUCAAGCCAAUUCCUGGAGAGGUAGUCAUCGAUAAACCAGGCAAGGGCUCCUUCUGGGACACGAUGCUGCACAGAGCGCUUCUUGCACGAGGCAUUACGCAUCUCCUCUUCGCUGGCGUGACGACAGAGUGCUGUGUCAACACUACAGCGCGAGAAGCGGCAGAUCGCGGGUUUGAGUGUUGUGUUCUGGCGGAUUGUACCGAUGGAUUCUGGGAACCUUUCUAUACCAGCACACUGGAUAUGCUGUGCUCGUAUGAUGGUCUGUUUGGGUUUAUUGGGACGUCGACAGAGUUGGUCAAUCAAGUGCCGCCGCAGGUACAGACUCCGCCUACUACGCCACCUGGCUUUGCGGGAGAUAUUUCGAUUAGGGGGCUGAGGAGGCAGUAUAGCACUGGUCAGGUCAAGCCUACAGAGGUCGUGAAAGAGGUGCUUAUGCGGGUCGAUGCAUACCAGAAGAAGGACCCAGCUGUGUGGACUUACCUUCGGUCACCGCAGGAACUGAUUGCUGAGGCGCGUGCGAUAGAGGAUCGUUUUGCUGGUAGAGCACUGCCGGAGUUAUACGGUGUGCCAUUUGCCGUGAAAGACAACAUCGACGUUGCAGGAGUGCAGACGAAAGCAGCUUGUGAAGCCUCUGCCUACAUGCCAAUAGAAAAUGCCAAGGUCGUGAACGUAUUGACAGCGGCCGGCGCCAUCUUCGUCGGCAAGACAAACCUCGAUCAGCUGGCAACAGGACUUUCGGGUGCUCGAUCUCCGUAUGGGACACCAAGAAGCGCCUAUGCGCACGACCGCAUCUCUGGCGGCUCUUCCUCAGGUUCUGCUGUGGCCGUAGGUACAGGUCUGGUCACGUUUGCACUCGGCACAGACACUGCUGGAUCUGGAAGAGUACCUGCUGCUUUUAAUGGCAUCACAGGGUACAAGCCUACUAAAGGUACAUUCAGCGCUCAAGGCCUCGUGCCUGCCUGUAAGAGCCUCGAUACUGUGACUGUGCUGGCACCUACUGUGGAAGAAGCAAAAAAAGUCUGGCUCGUGAUGGACCAGGGACCAGAUGAUGCAGACCCAUACGCGAAGACUCAACAGUCUCUAGCGUUGUGGCAUGCUGACUUUCGAGGUGUGCGAGCUGGUGGCUUCACGUUCGGAGUGCCGCCUCAAGCCGCACUGGAGCACUGCAGCACUGAAUAUCAGACUGAGUUCGCGCAAGCUGUGGAGCGGAUCAAGUCGGCUGGCGGUAUACCUCAAGAGAUAAAGUGGAAGCCGUUCGAGGCAGGCGGCGACUUGCUCUACGAUGGUGCUCUUCUGCAGGAACGGAUCGCCUGUAUAGGUCCGGACUUCAUCGCGAAGCACUCCGCUUCAUUUCAUCCGGCGACGAAGUCAUUGCUGGAAAGCGCCAUGUCGAAAGACGUCAAGCCGUGGGAAGUGUUCCGAGAUCUACACCUCCAGGCAGAAUACACAAGACAAGCGGCGCAGAUCUUCGAAGAUAUCGAUGUGCUGUUGGUCCCAACAACGACUUGCCACCCGACCGUUGCUGCGAUGGAGGCUGAUCCGAUUGCGUUAAAUAGCAAGCUGGGAUACUUCACGCACUUCGGUAACGUGCUCGAUUUGUGUGCCAUUGCGCUUCCGGCAUCGACGUACCAGACAUGGGCUGGCGAGAAGUUGCCUUUUGGUGUGACAUUGCUUGGUGCCAGCGGAACUGAUGGGAAGGUGUUUGACAUUGCCAGGGAGUUCGAGCGGACAAUCUAA